AUGGAGAUGAACAAUGGAAAGAAGGCAAGUGGCGAUGCAUUGACAAUAUAUGUGGGCGAGCUGUCGACCCAAACACUUGAGUCUGAUUUGUACAGGAUUUUUUCGACGGUUGGAAAGGUGCUUAAUAUCAAGCUGACGAAGAAGCUUGAGUCGUCUUUUGCAUUUGUUACGCUUGGGUGUGAGGAGGAAGUGGAAAGGGCCAUCAGGGAGUACAAGCACUACGAGCUGCAUAAUCGGCAGAUAAGGCUGCUGAGGGUGAUGAGUAAGGAGGAGAUGCCACCCGAGGCAGGGAAUGUGGUAGUGAAGAAUCUUCCGGAGGAGUUCACGGGGAAAGAUCUUGAGGAUGCGUUUUCAAUGUUUGGGGAGAUAACGAGCUGCAAGGUUGCGCUUACUGCGAAUGGAAAGUCGAAGGGAUAUGGGUUUGUGCAAUUUAAAGAGAAGAAGGCGGCCAAGAAGGUGAUUAAGAACUUCAGCAAUCUUGAUGGGCUGAUGCUGAAGGGCAAGAUGAUUAGUGUUGAGCUGUACAACUCUGAGAUGAGGACGAAGGAGAUUCAGAAUGCAUCUGCAGUGUUUACGAAUUGCUUUAUUAAGAGCUUUCCGGCAGAUGCAAGUGAGGGGGAUCUGGUUGAGGUGCUUGAGAGGCACGGAAGGGUGACCUCGUUUUUUUUUCCAUUGAAGGAGGAUGGGAAGCCGAAGGGGUUUGCAUUUGCGAACUUUGAAUCGCAUGAUGCAGCGCUGAAUGCAAUAAACAAUCUGCAUGGGAAGGCGGUGUUUGAGGAGAUGAGCGAGCCGUUCUAUAUCCAGAAGGCGCAGAAGAAGGAAGAUCGUGUUGAGGAGCUGAGGAAGACGUUUGAGCAGCUGAGUAUGCAGGGGCAGAACUAUAAGAAGAAUCUGUAUGUGACGAACAUACCUGAGGGGUUUGGAGUUGAGGAGCUGCAAAGCAUAUUCAAGGAGUUUGGAGCGAUUACAUCGAUUUUUGUUGGAGCAGAUGGGGUGAAUGCACAGAAGAAGUAUGCGUAUGUCUGCUACCUGACGCCUGAGGAAGCAAGCAUUGCGGUGGAGCGUGGAAACGAGAUAUACAUUGAUGGGGAGCGACUGCAGGUUACGUACUUUAAGAACAAGGCGGAGAGGGCAAAGGAUAAGGAGUUUUCUGAUAUAGGAUACAAGCCGAUGAUGCCGUAUAUGUACCAAGGGGUUGGGUUUCCAUCUGGAGGGUUCAAGCGUGAGCGAGCACAGGUAAUGUCGUCGAAGCUGUAUGGAAAUGAGUCUGAAAAGCUGUAUGGGCUUGUGCUUGCAGCAGCGCCUGCAUUCAAGAACGACUGGAAGACGCUUCGGGUGAGCAAUGAGGCUGAGUUUGCAAGCAAGGUGUCUGAAGUUCUACUGAGCAGGCCUGAUGAGGAGAUAAGAAGCAUGAUUGGACUGAAUUUUACGCUAUCGAGCAGUAUAGCAUCAGUGAUCGAGAGUAUUGAUGGAGAGAAUGACCGUGUGGGAGAGAUUAUUAUUAAGGAUUAA